AUGGCUGCACGUCCUAUUGCUGGUCGGCCUCAUGUGGCUGGACAAGUGCUGAAAUCGGGCCGCGUCACCAAAAGAAAGACGGAGGGAAACAAAGUUCUAUCAGAUCAGAUUGAAGCGGCCAGCACUGACCAAGUCCUGGAGCAAGUCCAUGGUGAACCACCGGCGUGGGCUGAGAAUUGCCAACAGUUGUGCGAUGCAAUUCCUUGGUUCCAUUGCACUCAGGGUGUGAUGGAUCACAAUGGGCGCCUUUGCUGGGGCUUUCUCAUUGAUGCUGACGGUGGUACCCGGACCUACAUUGACGAAGAAGUCAUCAUAACUCGAAUUGGUGGUUGCUGCACCAAAGACUCAGAGGGAGACCUGGCCCUCCAAAAGAACCAGAAGGCUGAUAGCACACUCGCCCGAAGCAUCAUUGCCAGCCUGAACUCAAAGCUUCCUGUUGGGUUAAUUAUUGGGAGCAAGCACAAGAUCCUCAAUCGUGACCUGCCACAUCGGUACAACGUCAUGGCAUGGUUUCGGGUUACCAAUGUUUGGUUUGAAAGAAUUGGUAUGAACCAUGGAGCAAAAGUCCGUUUUGAAAAAUUGGAUCUCGCGGAGAAAAGCUGGUGGGCAGCAAAGGGCUCUGCUCCUCCGAUGCUCCUCGAACUCAGAGACUUCGACACAAAGCCUGAAGUGCGAGGGCUGCUCCAAGGAAAUCGUCCCGACGAUGAAAUUCGGCCUAACUGCAGCCUUGUCCCCGAUCAUCUUUCGACACUGGAUGAGGAUGCCACGGACAUCAGCACAUCUCGUGGUGCGUGGAAAGGAAUUGUGUGCCCCGAGUGUCACAAGUGUAUUCGACGGACAUUGUGGCGAGGGUGGAAGUGCAUCGAUGACUCUGGCGCCGAGAGGGGUGGUAAGGUCUGCUCAUUUGAAAGGCUCAUGACAAUGAAGCCUAUCUCGUGCCGGGUUGUAUACGAUGAUUCCGAGCGGCCCUCAAUGAAACGAGAAAUGGUGUUCGAUAAGAAAUUCAUGAUCCCAGAGAUCGAUGAUAAACUUGAUGGAGUCGGCUUUAUCACCCAUUUUGUCGCGAACGCAGAAAUCAACAGCCGACCAAAUGGGCCCGACGACCUGUUUAUCGGUCUUCAGCGUGAAGAUCUCGGUUUAAAACGUUUUCCGCUUUCGUCCAGUCUAGUACAAGCUCUUCAAUGGAAAUACUCAACGGGUGGACACCGGCGAUGGCAAAUCUGUCUCUUGAGUGCUCUGCAAGACAACUCCGUGCUGAAAGGCUGCCAGUUGGAAGAUCAGUGUCGUGUGCUCAAGGAGAAGUGUAAAGCUGGCGAGAUCUCCCAAGAUAAGGAUGACAACUCUCGGCGAACUCUCUUUGCCACCCAGAAGGGAAAGUAA